AUGUCGACUUCAAGGAGGAGCAAGGGUCGCCAGAAGAUUGAGAUGAAGAAGAUGAGCAAUGAGAGCAACCUGCAGGUAACUUUCUCGAAGCGUCGCACUGGGCUUUUCAAGAAAGCUAGUGAGCUAUGUACUCUUUGUGGUACUGAGGUUGCUCUCAUCGUCUUCUCCCCCGGAGAUAAGGUCUUCUCCUUCGGCCAUCCCAGCGUCGACACCGUGGUGGAUCGCUACCUCACGCGAGCCCCACCGCCACAGACCUCCGGCACCAUGCAACUCAUCGAGGCUCACCGCAACGCCAACGUUCGCGACCUGAUCACCCAGUUCACUCAAGUCUCUGCCCAGCUAGACAACGAGAAGAAGCGCACUGAUGAAUUGAAUCAUAUGCGAAAGGCCACUCAAGGUCAGUGCUGGUGGGCGGCCCCAAUAGAGGAGAUGACGAGGUCACAGCUUGAGGAGUUCAAGGCGGCGUUGGAGGAGCUAAAGAGGAGUGUGACGAGACAGGCUGAUAGGAUGGUGCUGAUCCAGAGUGCAAGUAAUAACUCAUCGAAUCAGUUUUGGUCGGAGGUUCAUCUUCGAAUGCGGUGGCUCCGCCGCCUCCACUGCCACAUCAGUUGUUUCAGCCACCGCCAGCGGUGGUUCAAAAUCCUCCUGGGUUUGAUGGCAGUAUGGUGCCACCACACCAUGGAUUUGGAGCACCAGGGUUUUACUGAUCAAUGA